GCACGCCGAAUUAAACAGUGCUUAUUAAUAAACCGUCUUAAAAUUAAUCUAAUUUAACGUAUUACACAUUUUUUAAAUUGAAAUAAUUCAGGACUGUCGGCAGGCCACAAAUCUUAGGAACUGUGCAACUGCGCAUGCUCCGCUGCAUCCCGGAAGUUUUGAAUUGUGUCGCUGACAGCUAAAAAAAAGUUGUGCGUGCUUUUCUUUCUGUCCUGCUGCUUUGAGUUUUAGCCCUCACACAUAAAUAAUUAUACAUUUCGCCACCAGAGCAGUGCCUCCAGUGAACAGAUGUCCGACUUCGACCUCGUUCCGGUGGACGGCGGGGAUCCCAUCCACCUGCCGCCCGGGGAGACCGUGGUGGGCAGGGGACCUUUCCUGCGGGUCAAUGAUAAGAGAGUGUCCAGACAUCACGGGCUGCUGGAGAACCUGAACGGAGAGCUGCGUCUUAAACCUACCCACGUGAACCCGUGCUUUGUUCAGUCAUCCCUGACCGACGACCCUCGACCUCUGCAGAGAGAUUCCUGGUACCCUCUUCAUCAUGGAGACCUGUUCUCUCUGCUGCCGGGGCAGUACAUCUACAAGGUGAUGGCCGUGGGUGCAGAAGACCAAACUCCCAGAAACAGUCAGAUGAUUGAAGAAGAGGAAGAAGAAGGAGAAGAAGAAGGACUUCCUGUUUCUCACAAGCCAGAUGUGGAACCACCUCCUCCUAUCAGACAGGACUUUGGACAGACUCCCCCCGAUGAGGAGCCCACAGCAGCAGCUCUGUCAAACCAAGACGACACUGACAGUCCAGACAGAAGUUUAAAUAAGGGAGACUGUGCACAACCCAAAGAAAUGGAGGAUGACCAAAGUGAAGUCACUCCAUCUGAACCCAAGAGAAGAGUUUUACCUGCGUGGAUGAUGGUGGCAGCUGCACAUCCUUCCUCUUCCUCCAGCCCAAAAGUUCAAUCAGCUGUGAAGAGAAGUAAAGGAGCUGCAGCGGCGUCAACCAGCACUAAACGGACAGCAGACAAACCUGCAAAGGCUUCCUCACCUGAGGAGGCAGAGGUCAGCGAGGAGGAAAUGCCAAAGAAGAGGAGAAGGAAGAUGCAUGUUGAAGAAGAAGAAGAAGAAGAAAAAGCAGCCCCAUCUAAAACAAAUGUUCCGUCAGAGCGGCCCACGGUUCGUCUACAGACUGAAUCUAACAGGUCUGAGGUGAGCGACGAGUCUGACAGCUUCACCAUGGAGGUGGAGGAGGAAGAAAGAGGAGGGGGGACUUCUACAGCUCAGAUAAACACCAUGACGCAGCCGUAUGAAAGCACGCAACCCGAGAAUGAGGACAAGAAGUUGAAAAACAGACGACAAACAACCCAACGAGCUGAGUCUGUCGGGUCAAACGGUGGCUCUGUGCCAGGCUCUGUCAAACCUAAUCUCAGAACGCCAUGUCCUUAUGGGAAGGACUGCUACAGGAAGAACCCGAUCCAUUUCCAGGAGUGCAGUCACCCCGGUGACACCGACUACGAGGAGGAGGAAGAGGAGGAAGAGACGGAGGAAGCAGACCGACCUGAGUGCCCCUACGGCACUGAUUGCUACAGGAAAAAUCCUCUUCACAGGAAAGAAUACAAACACACAAAGAGACCAGCCUACACUACACGUACCAUCCCCAAAAAGACCCCUGCUGAUGAUGAAGAUGAAGAUGAGGACUUGGAAGAUGACAGCUUCAUUAAUGAUGACAGCGAGGACGUGGGUGAUGACUCAGACUACAUCCCUCCCGACUCCGAUGACAGCGGUAAGGAGGACGUCAAACGACUGCAGAAAGAAGCAAAGGCCUUUGUGAAGAGGAGGAAGUAGACAUGGCUCCCUUUUUUGCUGUUGUUGUUGUUUGUUGUUAAGCUGUAGCAGGUGCAGAGACACACCACUCUAAUGAGACUAAAUCACCCGGAGAGUGACGCACAAGUGUGAAGAAGUCCAAAACACACUGAAGAUCUGAGUGUACUGCCGGCGUUUACGGGUACACACUGACAGGCUUUCUUCUUAAUCUUAAAAUCUUGGCUUUUAAUGCCUUUUAAUUAUCAGAUAACGUCAGCAGAGACCAAUCAGCUCAGAAAUCUUGUAAUCUGAGUCAGGUGUAGGUGAACUGUCAUGUGUUCAGCACAACAAAUGUCAGAGAAAGAAACAGCCACCACCGCCUCUUCUCCAGUGUCAUAUUACAGUACUGGAUGGUUUCUCAGGUGAAGUUGCCAUUUCUGACAUUUUUUUUUAAAUGUGAAGCUACGUGAAGGAAAGCUAUACAAGUAAGUCUGAUGUUGUGCUCAUUGACAGAUUGUGGAAAAACAACUCGUGCCAGUCAGAGCGUUUUAGGCUGGAUUGUGAAUGUAAACGGGACACUACGAAAUUCAGAAACUGACCCUUCUACCUUUCAGUUCAGCAAACCUUUCCUGAAUACAGGAACCUUUUUUGCACCUUUUUAUAUGUUGUGUCACCUCAAAUAAAACCAAAUAUGAGCAUUGAAACCAGAUCCAAACACCGUCCGUCUCACGUGGAUUAGAAAACCAAGUCUGAGCGUCUCUCAGUCUGCUGUUAAACUCUGGGUUUUAUCAAAUCUCUAAACAGAAAGUGAGAAUUGAAGCAGCACUUUGAGCUCUCAUCACCUCGGUGUCAUCUCCGCGGCCUCUCGUCCAUUUACUCACAUCCCAUUUAAACAUUUCUGAGGUCAUGUUUAUUAAACAUUUGCUUCCAGCUGCCAACCUGCACAAGCUGUCAGGUGGCUCCACAGGUGUUGUCAUGGCAACAUGAAACACAACAAGGGGCACAAAUAAUUCAAGCUGAAUAAAGGAAGAUAUUUCUUUGUUUAGAUUUUAUUCCAGAUGAAGCUCCAUUUUUUUUUUUUUUUUUGUCAGAUUGAUUCUGUCCGUGUAAAUAUGUAUAAUUAAGGAGUUUUAGGAGUAGAGCACUUGUAAUUUUUAAACUGUUUUUCUUACAUUGUUCAAUUACAUCUGAUGAAAACAAA